AUGACCACCUGGCCGGGGCCUUCCAAUUCAUCUGGUACAGCCUCCAAGAUCACAGAUGUCGAGAGGGAUAAUCGCCCUGGUGUCUCUAUCCCGCCGUGGGCUGUGUCAUCACCAGCAGGUGAAGCGACAACAACCUCAAAAUCUCCGGAAGCCACGCGGGACCCCGGUGAUGAAGACCAGCCGACAGGGUUCUUCUCAUUCCGUGUAGACGGGUCGUGGCUCAAGGUGCCAGUACGAGAUGCAACGACUAUCAAACUCAUCAAAGAGCUCCUUGGAAGCACCACGGAAAUUGCCCCAGCAGUCUUGCCCACAGAACCUGAAUGGCUUUUCAUGAGGGACAUGUACCUUCGAAAGAUCCAACCAAUAUUUCCAAUCCUCGACAGAGAGACCCUUGUUGAUCUUCCCCAAGACAAAAACGUACGCGAAGCCAUCCAAGCCGCAGUUUGCCUAGCCAUCUCGACCGAUCCGGAGGUCAGCGGACGCUUGACAUUGGGAUGUAGGAGUCAAGAUGGCAAAGGUUGGGUGCGAGAAUCCGUGGACUAUGAAGACUACUCACAAGCUUUGGCGAGCUUCAUAAACACCCGCAUCAGGAGCCGGGAGCUUCCACUGCUUUACAACCUUCAGGUCAUGGGGAUUACUUGUCUGUACUGGCAACCAGAGGAGGUCAACGAGCGGUCUGCUCCGCUGAAUCUUUUUGGGAAUCUGGUGAGCAUUGCUGCCUCGCACGGUGUUCAUCUGGAGCUUCAAGGAAAAGGCCAUCUAGCCGAUCAGAGAUAUCCUCCGGGGACUGGGAAGCGGCUGUUUAAGUGCAUUUAUGCUUUGGACCGAUUACUUGCUGCCUUUUCGGGACGGCCAGUGAUGUUUCACAAUGAGGACCUCAUGGACCGACCAAAGGCUGAUCCUGAUGACCCACCCAGCUUCCGGCUGUUCAUGUCACUCAUUCACGUUUUGGAUCAAGUGAUAGAGAUGUAUCGACCGCGGCCGACGGUGACGUACAUUGAUAUUCCUGUGUACGAGCAGAUGGCGCUGGAUGUUGGGGCGCAGUCCACACUUGAAGUCCUGUACCACGCUAUCGGUGUCCUCUCGGUACGAAUGACCCGCGAACGCUUCGCUACCCCUCCAGAAACCGACAACGGCAACAAGACGCCCGUCAGCUAUCAGCACUUGCCGCCAAGCAGUGUGAACGCACGCAGAUCACACUCCUCAGACCGUAUCCUCGAUGUGAUAUCAGCGUACAAACUCAGCCCAUUCCCGUUUGUGCCAUAUGCCCUGUCGCUUUCCUUGUCAGUCGCAUACAGGAAAUGGAAAUUCAGCAAAUUACCGAUGUUCCGCACUCGUGGCAAAGCCGACUUCUUGAAAGUCGCUGCGGCCAUUCGACAGCUCUCUCCUAUCUGGGCCAACGCUCGUUUGAGCAGUGAGUUGGGAAACGCCGUGGUGCGCAAUCUUGAGAGGAGUGAGGCGUUGCUUCGUGAGCGUGCCAAAGCAAAAGGGGGCGUCUGCGCGCCUUCCAAGCCCAAGGCUAUCAACGACAGCGGUUCUGCGUUUAACAUUGAGCUUCAUUCACGUGCGAGAUGGCUUAUUGAGAAGCCUGAUGAGGGCGCGAGGCAAGAUUCGACGAAUCCCCCUAGUUCAAGUGCCAGGCUUCAACCUGGUCUCGUUGCGGGGGCCUGUGAGCCCCUUUCUCCGUCGUCGACGCUUGCGAAUACAUCACAGGGCCAUCCUGAUACUGCAAUGGCUGCAGGUAGCUAUCAGAUACCGGACACGUCAGGUGUUGGGCAUACGAAUGUCAACUUGUUUGGGUCAAUGGGCGGUGACCAAAUGGAGUCGGGCUCUGGGGAAUUUAUGGCUAUGAAUGAUAGCUUGAUAUUCGACUCUUGGGACCCGACGUUUGCGCAGAUGAUUGACUAUUCGUUUGCGAGUAACUUGGAUCCGGGGAAUCCGUUUGGGUCGUGUGAGUAUAUGCGGUUUACAUGA